GGACUGGGGGGAUGAGGAGGAAGAAGAAAACGCGGGCGUGGAGGCCGUGGCGAUAGAGAAGGGCGAGGAGGACGACGAAGAGGACGGCGACGAAGGAGGAGGAGGAGGAGGCCCCGACGAUGGAGGAGGAGGAGGAGGACAAAGAAGAAGAGGGCGAGGAGGAGGAGUAAGAGGAGAAGGACGAUGAGGAGGAGUAUGAAGAUGACGAAGAAAACGGAGGAGGAGAAAGAGGUGGAGGAAGAGGAGACUGCGGCGACGGAGGAAGAAGAAGACGAAGAGGAGGAGGAGGAGGAGGAAGAAGAGGAGGAGGACAAAGAAGAAGAAAGAGGAGAAGGAGGUGGAGGAGGAGGAGGACGAGGAGGAGGAAGAAGAGGAGGAGGUGGAGGAGGAGGAGGACGAGGAGGAGACAACGAGGAGGAGGAGGAGGAGGAAGAAGAGGAGGAAGAAAAGGAGGAAGAAGAGGAGGAGGGCCCGACAAUGGAGGGGGAGGAGGAGGUGGAGGAGGAGGCCACGGCGACGGAGGAGGAGGAAGAAGAAGAGGAGGAGGAGGAGAAGGAGGACGAGGAGGUGGAGGAGGAGGAGGACAAGGAGGUGGAGGAGGAGAAGGAGGACAACAACGAGGAGGACGAUGAGGAUGAGGAAGACGAAAAGGAGGACGAGGAGAGCAGAAGUGGAAGGAGGAGGAGGAGGGGGAGAAGGAGGAGGAGGAGGUGGACGGAGGGAAGGUGGCUGGCGAUGGCGCGUGGGGNGGACGAGGAGAGCAGAAGUGGAAGGAGGAGGAGGAGGGGGAGAAGGAGGAGGAGGAGGUGGACGGAGGGAAGGUGGCUGGCGAUGGCGCGUGGGGUUGAGGUCGUUGACCUCGGAGUUCGGCAAUCGACGACAGCGCGGGCCCCAAGACGCGGAGGAGGAGGAAGACGAAAAGGAGGGGGACGAGGAGAGCAGAAGUGGAAGGAGGAGGAGGAGGGGGAGAAGGAGGAGGAGGCGGCGGACGAAGGGAAGGUCUUGUCACUCAGCAUGUCUGCAGGUCAUGCAGAGCCUGUGUAUGGGACCAUCUCACUUUACCACAGAGAGAAAAAGGAGAAGCUGUCAGAGGAUUUCUAUUUUCAGUUUCUUCCUCAAGGAUGGCCAGGGGCCAAUUCACCUCAGCAGCGUCGGGUGAUUUUCUCCUUGGACAAUCCUUCUCCUCAAGUCUUCCUUCUUGUUCAGCUGGAGAGGGCGGCAACUGAAGAUGGUGGUGUGAAGGCCCAAGUUUAUUCAAGGAAGGAGCCGAGCGCUUUGACUGAUGCAGAGAUUAAUAGGGUACGAGUUUGGGCAAAUAUGAUGCCUUGGAAAGAAGCAUUAGCAUAUACGACGAUUCCACUCUUUGAUCCCAGUUAUACAUUAGGCCUUGGUGGUUUUGGUGUCCUCAACAGCCCGAUGGAUAGCCCGCUGCACACAGUUGGGGAUAGCUUCUCCAUGGGUGAUGGACGCUUCGAUAGUAGUCCAGGGCAAGCCGUUACAGUGGAUGUCCCCGUGCUCAACCGGAUCAAGGAGUGCUAUACCGAGGAGACUCUUCAUGACCCAAAACGGAAAGCUCACAAGCCUGUGAGGGCAUCGAUGAAAUUCGAGGUGGAACGACUUCCCCAGGAAGGUGUAAGCCUUCGCUAUGAUGACGAUUUCAAGGUCCUGUUUUCAGGCCCAGCCCUUACUCAGAUGCCCAGCUUCAGUGGAACGCUUACUCAGAUGCCGAGCUUUAGUGGAACCAGCACACCACGGAGGAACUCGUUUUCAGAGGACAUCGGCAGGGAUGCAUUCUCUGGACGGUUGUCCGACCAUUCCCAUUCUGGGAGUUUGAGUGGAUUGAUUGGGAGCAGUGGGGGGCUGAGUGGGUCGCUGAGGGAGCAGUUCAGUGGCCCGUUGAACCAGGGUAUGAACGGCUCGCUCGCUCAGCAGCACAGUGGCCCACUGAACAGGGAUGGACUGCCAACCAGUGCACCCUUGUCAGGAAGUGGUCAUCACCACUCAAGCUCAGCUGUCGGCGGAACGAGUGUUUCUGGUCCCAUUCAUUGUGGUGGCAGUACUCCUUUUUUAAAUGGACCGGCUGAUUCAGUUAUGGGGAAUACAUCUUAUCACGAGAGCUUACGGACGCAGGGCAGUCCGGCAUUGGUGGAUUAUAGUAGUCCAGCCUACGAUACAUUCUUUGGAGAAAACAAUGUGGUUUGCGCAAUGGACUUCAGGGCGCUCUCAAAAAGUGACCCUCGAUCCAGGCUGGUGCAUAUGCUUUAUGUCUAUCCACAGGCCGUCACUCUGAGCAAAAAGCGGAAUAUCUUUGUGCAGCUGGAAUUGUGCUUGAACGACUCGGAUGUGAAGAAGCCUGGAGAAGAGGCAAUUUAUCCUCGCAAUGUGGGGGAGCCAAUGCAGCGGCUUGUGUGGUCCCAGGUUGCUCCGAACACAAAGACAGCAUUGUUUCAUGACGAAUUCAAAGUUCAGCUGCCAAUGGUGAUUUUGCCAGAUCAUCAUCUUCUUUUCACUUUCUUUCAUGUCGAGCUGGAGAGGGAUGCAAAUGGUCGAGUUCCGAAACCGGUUGUCGUUGGAUAUUCUGUAUUGCCUCUUGUUCUAGCAGCGCAGAUGCUGAAAUCUGACGGGAGCCUUCCAAUCAUCAAGGAACCAUUGCUAAAACACUACACAAAAGACCAUGUCAAGGUGAACAUGGAGUAUCUGGAAGAGGGGCGGCCAGUUUUCAGACUCCGAUUAAGACUCUGCUCUUCCAUCUACCCAGUGGAUGAAAGAAUCCGAGACUUCUUUAGUGAAUACGACAACCAUGUGUUGGGGUCUGCCAGCUCCACGAGGUCUGGACUCUUGGAGACAAUCAACAACUUGAAGAACAUGGAUCCCAUGGCGAUGGUUCAGUUCUUGCAGCCAAUUCUUAACAUGCUGUUGAGAAUGGUUGGGGACUGCGGAGAGACACUCCAGGUUGCUCCAUUCCGAGCGAUUGUGAACAUUCUGACAAGAGUGCAGCAGGAGUCUCAAGAUGGAGCGGAGAGGAACAGGUUCUUGGUGCAGUUUGUGGACUAUGCGUUUGACGAUCAUGGCGACAAGAAGCGGCCUAUAUACCCUGGAUUGUGCAGUGUGUGGAGGAGCCUAGCGAGAAGCAAGGCAAAGGGUUACCGUGUAGGCCCUGUCUAUGAUGAUGUCCUCACCAUGGCAUGGGUGUUUUUGGAGCUCAUCGUGAAAUCAAUGGCACUGGAGCACCAUCGGCCACCUGAAGAACAAGUGGAUCCAGAUGCCUUGGAGGAGGAAGAUUCCAAGAUCCAGCUGAGCGAGGACAUAUUCCGAUGUAUCUGGCAGCUCUUUGACUGUCUGCUGACGGAAGUCCACGAGAGAGCGAAAAAGGGUCUGCCCUUAGCAAAGCGGCUAAACAGCCAUCUUGCAUUCUUUUGCCAUGACCUUCUGAGCAUUGUGGACUCUCGACAAGUCUUUGAGCUGGUGGCUCUAUACAUGGAUAAAUUCACAGGGAUGUGCCAGCAUGUGAUUCAUGAAUGCAAGCUGACAUUCCUGCGAAUUGUUUGCGACCAUGACCUCUAUAUUGAGAUGCCAGGGAGAGCACCCAUAGAGAAGAACUACUUGACGAUAACCCUGCUUCAAGAAGUUAUUCUCUCUCUCGAUCACGAGGAUAUGUCCCAAAGAACCAGAAUCUUCGAUGAAGUGUCUAUCUAUUUCAAUCUUCAUCCAUCGGAGAAAAGGGAAAUGCUCAUCUGUGUGCUCUCGAUACUGAGGAACCUCGAUCUGGAGACGGUGGUGAAGUUAUGGCAGCAAAGUGAAGCAAGAACGCGACUUUUCUUUAAAUUCAUGGAGGAAUGCCUCACUUUCUUUGAGCAAAAGCUGGUUACGCCAGGUUCUGCACCACCACCAGCAACCCCUGACGAUGAUGCAUCCGGUUCCCCGAAGUACACAGAGAAGCUGGCACCUUCCACCAAUCACUACUUUGCUGAUGCAGCCCGGCAAGAUAAUAAGUUUGUAAUCGAGGGGGGCUUUUCUGCGAGGGCAAGUCCACAGAGGAGUCCUUCACAAAGUUUCUCACGGUUGAGUAUCAGGGAAUCGAUAAGUCAGAUUUCGUUGAGCAAGAAGGAGGCCUCACGGGUUCUUCGCGAAGCACUUCAGCCAAGCCUGCGUCAGGAGAUGUCGGUCUGGGAGGGCAACCUGUGUGUCGCUGUCAGUCUUCAAACACUGGAGCUGCUGGAAAUCUUCUCUGCUGCAGUUAGCCGCCGAUCUGUGACCACGGACUAUGGGAAGCUGGAGUGCAUCAGCUCGACCCUAACGGCUUUGCUCACCAAGGCUCAGUCCCUUGACUUCUGGAGGGUCUUCAUUCCGAUCUUCGCUGUGAUAAUGGAUCGGCACGCCGAAGUUCUGCUGGGGAAUUCCAACGAUCGUUUCCUCAAAGAAGUCGCAUUUCAUUUGAUGCGCUUAUGUGCUUUCAGAAACGAUUCCCUCAGAAAGAGGGCAGUGGUGGGGUGGUACAUAUUACUAAGGAAUUCUUUUCUGGUCUAUGAGAACAUCGCGCGGAUGAAGGUGAUGCUGACGAUCACACUAUCCGAACUGAUGUCGGACGUACGGGUCUUGAAGGCUUGGGAUAAUGGAGCGAUGGAGGAGACGUGGCAAGCUCGACAGCUCCGUCACUCGAUAGAGCAGCUCGGCUCAGAAGAAAGCAGUAAGGCUCUCCUUGCUGAAUGCGGUCUUCCUCCAGACUCCCUCCGUGCCUGCCUGAAGCGAGGAUACCAGGGGGGGGACGACGUCCUUGACAUGCUUGAUAACCGAUGGGAUUGGGGCGAAGUGCAGCACCUGCGAAACAUGCUCCUCAACAUACUGGAUGCAUCCAUUGAUCAUUCGCGAGAGGUGGCAAGUCUUGUUCCAGACAAGUACUCGGUGGCUGAAAGCUACUGUAGCCUUGCAUGGGCCUAUUCCCAUGUGCCGGAUCUUCAUAUCAUGUGGCUACUGCACCUGUGCGAGUCGCAUCAGGAGCACCAGUCGUGGGCCGAGGCCGCUCAGUGUGCAGUUUGUGUUGCUGGCGUCAUCUUGCAAGCGUUGGUCGGGAGAUCCGUCUGGGGAAACGAGCAUGUCGAGGUUCUGCGACGAAUCUGCCCAAUGUUGUCGGCAGAGCUCGGUCGAAUCACGGCAGAAAUCGAGGGUUACGGUUCGAGCAAGCUGACAGUGGACACGGCCGUGAAAUAUAUCCAGAUGGCGAACAAGUUUUUUGCCAAGGCAGAGCUCUUUCACUUCUGUGCGGACCUUCUUGAGCUCCUGAUCCCGGUACAGAAGUGUCGACAUGCCUAUGGACAGCUUGCAAAAUGUCACCUCACGUUGUCGACAGUUUACGACUCGAUCGUGGAGCAAGAGAGUUGUCCUAUACCUGUUCGUGAUGCCAAUUACUACAGGGUCGGGUUUUAUGGGCGGCAGUUUGGUCGGCUUGAUAUGAAAGAGUUUGUAUACAGAGAGCCUCGCGAUGUGCGAUUGGGGGAUGUGGUUGAGAAGUUGACCAGAAUCUAUGAACCCAAGAUUGGCGGUCACAAUCUUAAUGUCUUCCCCGACUCUCGCACGGUAGACCCCAAGGAUCUCCAGGCAGGAAUGGCGUACCUGCAGAUUACAUCCGUGGAACCGCUUCCUGACAAUGAUGAGGACUCCUGCAAUGGUCCCGCAGCGAUUUCCACUGUGGGCCUGUCGGUGGGAGGAGUCGGUGCUGGGGGAGUAGCGGCGGCGCGAGCAGCGUACUCGCUGAGACGGCUGGCCUUCUCUCGGUUUAUUUUCGAUACUCCUUUCACAAAGAAUGGCAAGACGCAAGGGGGCCUGGAAGAUCAAUGGAAGCGCCGAACGGUACUUAUCACGGAAGGCUCUUUUCCAUCCGUCGUAAACCGUCUGAUGGUCUUAAAUUCCGAGUCAAAGGAGUUCUCACCUGCAGAGAAUGCCACUGAUAUGAUCAUGGCGAGGACGCAGUCGCUCAUCUCGGAAUUAGAGGCAAGCAACUCGGCAACCCCGGAGGCUCGACUGAGCUCUUUGCAGCGGUUGCUCCAAGGGAGUGUUGCAGUGCAGGUGAACAGCGGGAUCCUUGGCGUGUGCAUGGCAUUUUAUAAGACCGGGUCGAGGUUUUCAGAGCGGGAAAUACAGAAACUUACCGCUGCGCUAGUGGACUUCAUGGGGGUCUGUCGACGAGCAAUUAAGCUGCAUGCACAGCUGAUCGGGGACGAGGACCAAGAGUUUCACUCGCAGCUCGUUCUUGGGUUCAAGAAUCUCUCGAAACAGCUCGCGCACUAUGUGCCGUCGAUCCUUGCCGAAGCCUAGGCAGGUUGCAGAAAUUGCAUUGCGGCAAACAUGUUAGACCGAGCUCAUAGCGAACAUGUCCCCUAGCCAUCUAUCUAUGCAUAGCACAGUUGGACUUCGCAGGUAGACAGUCUCUCAUGCAUGCCUCCUGCCCAUGUCCCCUAGCCAUCUAUGCACAGCACAGUUGGACUUCUGAGGUAGAGUCUCAUGCAUCAUCCCUCAUGCCCAUGAGUGCCAAGUGCAGGAGGGAGAAAAGGUUUAACCCUAUCUGUCUGUCUUUCUGUCUGUCUGUAGGGAGGGUGGCUCUCAUUUGAAAGGUUAACUUUGUGCGUGUGGAGGAAGGAUGCUCUCACCUCCGACCGUACGACGUUGGCAGACAUAUAUAUAUAUAUAUGUACUGCCCUACCCAUGUGUGCUGACAACGGGGAAACUGGGCUACCAGUACAGUAUUGUCAAUGGUGCAGUCUGUGGUAAGAAGCCUCUUAACGGUUCCCAAGGACGGAGAGGAGGACGGGGCGAGAAAAGACGAGGAGAGAAAGGACGGGAAGUGCGGGGACUCAGGGAGAUGCAUAAGGGUGGAAGGGAACGUUAGUAUGUUUCCAACGCUUGUGUUGUGAAUUGAAGUCCCACACCAACUCUUAAAGGCCAAAGUCGAACUGCUGGAAGGGCAAUGAAGGGUCUUAAUAUGCUCCCAGGGGCUGGGGGUGAAAGGAACCAUGGCCUGAGCUUUGGGCAUCAGCACGAUGCCUCACUGCCUGGACACAUGGAUGUUGUCACCAUGGUCUUCACGCAGAUAAGCAGCCACGUGCGCAGCUCCCAAGGGCAAAGCCCAAUAUGAAUAAAGAAGUCGUCGUCAUCUUCUUGAAGAGUUUUGUGCAAACUAGGGUGGUACUAGUCUACGGCAUGAUGGCAGUGUGUAGAGCAGUCGGUGUAAAUUUGCAUGCAAGCGCAAGCUGAGAGCGCUAGCAGGUGAGCUACACAGGAGGUGGACAAGCUGUCCAAAGGACGAGUGCAAGGUGUUACAGUCAGCUGCAAGGUGGUUGGUCCCACCUCUCUUGCUCCCAAGGCGUACGAAUGGGUGCCAACACUGCCAAGGCCUUUUCGUCCUCCCAAAUUCCACCUCCUGUCGUCUGUCGACCAAUCAUUGCCUCCUGCUGCUGCUGCUGCUGCUGCUGGUGUUUCACUGGGUGAUGAAAAAUUGCGAGAGCUGUCUGGGCUGGGCAAAUUGAACGAUCAGGUGGAUGGGAAGACCACCAGAGUUCUUCACUCUCGUGUUGUGUCACACUUUUGCCUGCCUGUUUGUGCCUCAUUACUUCACAGAUACAUCCUCCUAAUAAAAAAGUCUGUGUAUGUGUAGCAGAGUGCCUAAGCAGAUUGCUGGGUGGAUGUGGAUGUUGCUCUGCGUGUGUACGUGUGUGUUGUGUGUGUGCGCACACGUGCAUCCCUGGGCAGCACUCGCGUAGACUUCGACACGUGCAACGGAUGGGACUGGCGUGUGUUAUGUGUGUGCGCACACGUGCAUCCUUGGGCACUUCGACGUGCAACGGAUGGGGCUGGUGUGUGUUAUGUGUGUGCGCACACGUGCAUCCAUGGGCAGCACUCGCGUAGACUUGGAUGUGCAACAGAUGGGAGUGGCGGGAGUAUUUUUCAAAGAUUGGUGAAAGUGGUGCGAUUUCUUUUUCGAUACGAUGCACGGGACAAGAAGGGAAGAACUGAUGUUAGUUGACAAUUCUAUUAGGUUGAUGACGCCGAGGGGGGAGUUACGACAGGAGCACUCAAGGAAGCAAGCAAGCACACAGAGGGAAGGAUUAAGGGAGAGAGGGAGGGGUGAGGGGAAGUAUUGAGCAGUCGGAAUGUAAAUUACUCUGCGUCUUACGCCAGGUCCUUCAGGAGGGGCCUUCACGUGCUGUGUUUUCUCUCUCAGGCAAUGCCCCACCGAGGGUGGGGCUUUGGGAUGCGACUCCUGCAGUGUUUGGCAUAUGCCUGAGGAGCUCCAUGCAUAUGCGCCCCCAUACGAGGAGAAGGAUGACAUCUACAACCUCGUCCCAAGCCCUCACAUGCUCUGCUGCAGAAGCAUUGCCGAAUUUGUUCUCGGCCCAUUGCAUUACCUUGGGCAUCGCGAACGUGGGGUCUGUUGCAUUCAUGUGAAGGUUGGAUGACCGCUCUUUUGAACUCGGCGCUUUUGGUCGAUGCCGUUCUUCCCUGACAGGCAUCCGUCAAGUCAGCUCAUUCUUUGCUUCGGGGGUUUGUGACCGGAACAGUACGCCUGUUCUUCUGGUCCUGGGGGGGUUAUGUCAACUCGGUGAGGUAAAGAAGUGACACGGACACCAAAGCAGGGGCCCGCGAGCAGGACGACUUCGAUCAUGGGCGGCAUCGGCAUACCGGACAUAGGCAUGGCAACUGUAUAUCAGCUCAUAUCAGGUGUAUUACCAGUCUCUUGCAGGAAUGCACGUCAGUGCAACCAAACACCUUUAGUUGCCUCAGAGUAAAGGAACAAAGGUUGUCCUAGGGUGGCUGAAUGAUACAGAAGUUUCCAUUGCACUUGCUUCCAUUUUACAGGCUCUUCUCCCAAAGGGUCUCUCUCUCUCUCUCUCUCUCUCUCUCUCUCUCUCUCUCUCUCUCUCUCUCUCUCUCUCUCUCUCUCUCUCUGUGUCUCUGUCUCUCUCUCUCGUGCGCGCGCGUGCGGGGGCGCGUGCGCAGCAGUGUGCGUGUGCGCGGGGGCACGUGAGCAGCAGUGUGUGUGUGCACGGGCUUGCAUAUGUGUGUGUUCGCGGCUUAGUCUAAUGGAUUGAGUUUUGGCGUCUUUUCCUUCGCUGCCAUUAUCCUUUUUUCUUUGGUCUGCCUGCCAUCUUUCUGCUGCCUUUUGAGUUGGCCUCACUGCCACUCUUUUUGUUUUUCAGCAUCCCUUCGCACUUCCCAAUGAUCGAGAGGAUGAUAGAUAAAUCACACAUCUCAUACGUCACUAUGUUCUUCUACAGCGCCUCCUCUGAUUUGUUUCGGCGAGUGUUUGUUGUUUGCAUUUCUGUGGUUUGCUUGAUUUCAUCUUUGUCUUCGUCUUGUUUAUUCUUUUGCUGAUUUUGCCCUGGGGCCUGGGCUACGCUCGCUCCCCCCAUCCGACCCCCCUUUGUCUCAGCAAUACCCUCAUUGUCUUUCAGUGAUCAGCUCCGUGUACAGAGAGGAAGUGACAGGAAACAUAAGAUCUA